GAAACGAGAUCUUCAGUAUGAAGUGUCAUUCUGUCCCUACAGGUUUUUAAGUGUAGUCUGUACCUGACACACCUGAGCCCUCCCUUCGCUGCUCUCGCAGCACACUGCGCAUGCGCGGAUCUCUCUCACGCAGCUCCACUGUCAUGGCGGAGACCGAGCGGAGUAGGAGCUGAUUCAGGAAGAGAUGGCGCUGUAAAGUGGGUUACCGCUCAAACUUCACGUCAACACUUCUCACAGGGACCAAGAGGAUUGCCUUCUCUUUGCAGGGACUCGAGGGCCGAUGCCGGAGAUCCGUUGCCUUAUAUUUUAUAGUUUUCUGCGUCUUGUUCUUAUCGGUCGUCUACCUGCGCGGAAUCUCUUCAGCACCGCUAUUUCCUGUUUGACAAACACUCGCAAAAACUUCAAUGACGUUACCGUUUAACGGCUUUUCUUUAUUAGGUCAGCGGAGAUUGACAAGCAUUUGGAUUCUUAUCUGGACUCGUGUCAGCGUGGUUUCGUCCUGCUUUUUUUCAAGUUUAGAUCUGUUCUCCCUCUCUACACAAGAAUAAUUCCUGUCUUUUAGGUGUAACGUUAGUGACAUCAGCCAACAACUUCAGGCGAAAACGCAAGAAACUACAGGACAAACCGGCCGUUAAUGGGGACCGGGAUUUGUUUUCCCCCGCUGUUAGUUUAACGAGCCACAUUUUCCAUAUAGUAUCCCAUAGGUUUAACUAGGCGGCAGGGUCAAACAGGUGUCCCACCUGUUCCCCUCUCACCUGACUCCGCCAUGGCGAGCGCGGGUGACAGCGCCGUCCAGAUCCCCAUUAGAGGAAUCCGCAUGAAAUUCGCCGUGCUGGCCGGACUCCUGGAGGCUGGUGAAGUCUCCAAUCGGGACACCGUGGAGACGAUCUUCAAUCUGCUGGUUGGGGGUCAGUUUGACCUGGAGAUGAACUUCAUCAUUCAGGAGACGGAGAGCAUCAUCUGUAUGGUGGAACUGCUGGAUAAAUGUGACUCCACUUGCCAGGCAGAAGUGUGGAGUAUGUUCACGGCCGUACUGAAGAAGAGCUUACGAAACCUUCAGGCCUGCACUGAUAUUGGCCUCAUCCAGCUGGUGCUACAGCGCAUAGACCGAGCUGAGACCAUGAUAGCAGAUCUGAUGGUGGACAUGCUUGGAGUUUUGGCCAGCUACAGCAUCACAGUGAAGGAACUGAAGCUGUAUUUCAGUAAGCUGAAGGGAGAACAAGGCCAAUGGCCACCUCACGCUGUCAAGCUGCUGUCUGUGUUGAAGUCCAUGGCUCAAAGAAAUGGCCCAGAUUCCUUUUUCAGCUUCCCAGGGAAGAGUGCUGCGGCCAUUGCUCUUCCUCCUAUUGCAAAGUGGCCAUACCAGAAUGGCUUCACCUUCCACACCUGGCUGCGUCUGGACCCCAUCAAUAACAUAAACGUUGACAAGGACAAGCCUUAUCUCUACUGCUUCCGCACCAACAAAGGUUUGGGCUACUCUGCACACUUUGUGGGUGGAUGUCUGAUAGUGACCUCUCUAAAAUCCAAAGCCAAAGGCUUCCAGCACUGUGUGAAAUAUGACUUCAAACCCCAGAAGUGGUAUAUGGUGACCAUAGUGCACAUUUAUAAUCGUUGGAAGAACAGUGAAAUCAGCUGCUAUGUCAACGGAGAGCUGGCGUCAUAUGGCGAAAUCACCUGGUUCGUCAACACAAGUGAUACGUUCGACAAGUGUUUUCUGGGUUCAUCAGAGACAGCAGAUGCUAACCGUGUGUUCUGCGGUCAGAUGGGGGCAGUGUAUCUGUUCAGUGAAGCUCUCAGCGCUGCUCAGAUAUUAGCCAUCUAUCAGCUGGGGCCAGGAUACAAGGGCACUUUUAAGCACAAGGCCGAAAGUGACCUGCUGUUUGCAGAACAUCAUAAGAUGCUGCUGUAUGAUGGAAAGUUGUCUGCCUGCAUCGCCUUCACCUAUAAUCCUCGGGCCACUGACGCUCAGCUGUGUCUGGAGUCCUCCCCCAAAGACAACGCCUCCAUCUUUGUGCACUCGCCACAUGCUCUCAUGCUGCAGGAUGUGAAGGCUGUGGUGACACAUUCGGUUCAGAGUGCCAUUCACUCUAUAGGAGGAGUCCAGGUCCUUUUCCCUCUGUUUGCACAGCUGGAUUUCCUCCAACACAGCGGUGACGAGCUGGACACCUCCGUCUGUUGCACACUACUGUCGUUUGUGAUGGAGCUGUUGAAGGGCUCUGUAGCUAUGCAAGAACAGGUGCUGGCCUGCAAGGGCUUUCUGGUCAUCGGUUACUCUCUGGAGAAGUCUUCCAAAGUACAUGUGACACGACCUGUGCUGGACAUCGUCCUUGCCUUCGCCCGUUACCUUAGCAACCUUCCUACUGGUGUUAUGCUCUUGAAACAGCUGUGUGACCACAUCCUCUUCAACCCUACCAUCUGGAUUCAUGCCCCUGCGAAGGUACAGCUGGUUCUCUACACCUACCUGGCCACAGAGUUCAUCAGCACUGUCACCAUUUACAAUGCCAUCCGCAGAGUUGGGACCGUACUGCAGGUCAUGCACACGCUCAAGUAUUUCUACUGGGUUGUAAACCCACUGGACCGCAGCGGAAUCACACCCAAGGGUCUCGAUGGACCGAGACCCAAUCAGAAAGAGAUUCACUCUCUCCGAGCGUUUCUGCUCCUGUUUGUCAAGCAGCUCAUAAUGAAGGAUCAUGGCAUAAAAGAAGAUGAACUGCAGAGUAUUCUGAACUACCUGCUCACAAUGCACGAGGAUGAUAAUCUGAUGGAUGUUCUCCAGCUUCUGGUUGCACUGAUGUCUGAGCAUCCUGGCUCAAUGGUUCAAGCUUUCGAUCAGCGGAAUGGAAUACGGGUCAUCUUUAAGCUGCUGGCGUCCACAAGUGAAGGGAUUCGUGUGCAGGCUCUCAAAGUCUUGGGCUACUUUCUCAAGUAUUUGUCACCAAAGAGAAAGUCAGAGGUGAUGCUGGCUCACGGCCUGUUCUCUCUGCUCACUGAACGACUGAUGCUCCACUCAAACCAGUUCACAGUGACAACAUACAACGUGCUCUUCGAGAUUCUUACAGAGCAGAUCUGUACUCAGGUCAUUCACAAACAACACCCGGACCCUGACUCAACGGUGAAGAUUCAAAACCCACAGAUCCUGAAAGUCAUAGCGGCCCUGUUAAAGAAUGCUCCUCCUGAGGCAGAAAGCAUGGAAGUGCGGCGUAUCUUCCUCUCAGACAUGAUUAAACUCUUUAACAACAGCCGAGAGAACCGCAGGAGUCUGUUGCAGUGCUCUGUAUGGCAGGAGUGGAUGCUCUCUCUGUGCUUUAUAAACCCCAAGAACAGCGAGGAGCAGAAGAUCACUGAGAUGGUGUACGCCAUCUUUCGCAUUCUUCUUUAUCAUGCCAUUAAGUACGAGUGGGGCGGCUGGCGCGUGUGGGUGGACACACUCUCCAUCACACACUCCAAGGUCACCUUUGAGCAACACAAGGAGAAUCUGGCCCGAAUGUUUCUUGAGUACCAGCGAAUGGGAUCUGAGGGAGGAUCUGAAAGCAGGAUCCGAACGAUCUCUGGAGUCAGCCAAGAUUCUCAGUUCCUUGCCUCGGCCAACGGGGAACUGCAUACAGAAGAGAAGGCUCCAUCUACUGUUAUUGAGCUACGUGUAGAGGAGCAGGACAACGAUCAGACUGCAGACAAUGAGGAGAUGCAGACCCAGAUCCCUGUCACAGUGUCCAACAUUCUGGUCAGAGAUGAGGAAGAGAGGCAGACAGACACUGUUGCCACCUCACUGGAGAUGCAGGACAGGGAUAAGGAUGAACAGUACGCUGUAAAAGAACCAAAAAAAGAUAAUGAAAUAAAACAUAUGGAUGACAAUCAUAAAACAGGGGAUGAAGACCGUGAACAAAUGGAAAAUGUUAAGACUGAAGGUAGAGUUGAAGAGGAGAGCAGUAAUCUGAGUAUAAAAGACGAUACCGACAGCCCACAGACUGAAACUGACAAGAAUGCCAAAGAUGCAACUGAAGCUGUGAAGAUGUCAGAUGAAGGUAAAACAAGUAAUGCGGAAAAUGAGCAAAACGUUCAGGUAGAAGAUGAAAAGAAAGAUCUUGGAGAUUCUACUCUUGAAGCUGUUAAGGAAGAUUCCACUCAAAAGUCUUCUGAGGUUUUAGUCCAUGAGGAAACCAGCACGACUGGGGCCUCUGUUGUGAAUGAAGAUAGCACUGAUGUUUCCUCGGCCAGCAACUUCGUGAAAGUCAGUGAUGACAGCACAGAGGACUCUUCAUUUGUGUCUGCUACAACUGGGGAGACAGAUGACCAUGGUGUUGAAAGGGAAGACGGUGGAAAGGAGAAGGAGAACAAGUCUGAAACUGAUAAAGAUGAAAAGCUUAUGGAAAAUGAGAAGACUGUGGGAAUCCAGGAUUCACCAGCCCCCAUGGUGGAAGUGGAUUUAAACCAAAGCUCCUCUCCUGAGGAGACCAAGCCUCAGACGGAGGGUCAUGGAGAUGUUGAGGCAGAGCAAACAACAACAGAACAGAAGUCUAAAGCAGAGGUUAGCUCUAGUGCUGAGAGUAUCUCACAGGAUGCAGCAAAUAACCAAGACUCUCCGAAGGUGGCAGGGACUGACAAUACAGCAAAUAAAACCAAAGAGAUUAAAAUAGCUAGGCUGGAUGUGUCAAGUGUGGCCUCAGACACAGAAAGACUGGAACUGAAGGACACCUCAGCGACAAACCCGAGUGCAAAUCAAGCUGCUCCCACAAGCCCUACAGGUCAAAGCAAUGAAGGUUCAUCUUCGGCUCGAUCUACUAUGUUCCGUAUCCCUGAGUUCAAGUGGUCUCAUAUGCAUCAGCGUCUUCUGACUGACCUGCUGUUCUCCAUCGAGACAGACGUGCAGAUGUGGAGAAGUCAUUCAACUAAGACAGUCAUGGACUUUGUGAACAGCAGUGAGAAUGUGGUGUUCGUGCACAACACUGUCCAUCUCAUCUCUCAGGUGGUGGACAACCUCAUCAUGGCCUGUGGAGGAAUUCUUCCUCUGCUUUCUGCAGCUACUUCUUCUUCGCAUGAGCUGGAGAACAUCGAGCCGUCUCAGGGUUUGGCUGUGGAGGCAUCACUGAUGUUCUUGCAGAGACUGAUCAAUCUUGUGGAUGUGCUGAUUUUCGCCAGUUCACUCAAUUUCACUGAAAUCGAAGCAGAGAAGAACAUGUCUUCAGGGGGAAUCUUAAGACAAUGUCUUCGCCUGGUGUGUGCGAUGGCUGUGAGAAACUGUCUGGAAUGUCAGCAGCACACUCUGAGUAAGUCUGGUGCAGAGAGCAGCCGCGGACAACAAAGCCUUCUGGGAGCCGCCAAGUCUAUACCAGCACAGAGUCCUGUGGACAUUGUGACUGGAGGGAUGUCUCCUAUAAGAGAUUUAGACCGGCUUCUGCAGGACAUGGACAUCAAUCGUCUGCGUGCUGUAGUGUUCAGAGACAUAGAGGACAGUAAACAAGCUCAAUUUCUGGCACUGGCAGUGGUCUACUUCAUCUCUGUCCUCAUGGUGUCCAAAUAUAGGGACAUUCUGGAGCCACACAAUGACAGAAGAAACACACAGCGCUCACAGUCAGUCAGGAGCACAGAGAGUGUUCAGUCUGAUCUGGAGAAUGGUUUGUCUCCUCUUCACCGGGACUCUGGGAUUGAGGAUGAGAAGGCCUCAGACAUCCAGAGUAAUGUAAAAGCGCAGACUGGCCCUGAUGCUGUAUCCGAAGCUCUGUCUACUUUGUCCGAUGAGGUCAGGAGAGGUCAAGAGGACAGAGACAGCAAAGGAAAGAAUGUCAAUGUCAAGGAUAUUCUGAGAAGUCUCGUUAGCGCACCCUCUGAUGACAUCAUGGUGGACCCCAGUCUUAUACCGCCUGGGUUUCUGGGUGCUGUGAGCGAAGCCUCCCGUGACCAGUCCAUCCAGUUCCACUCGUUUGAUAGGAGUGUUGUUGUGGCACCCAAGAAGGCCGGUGGGGCUCCGUCUCCAGGAAUGAGCACAGUGUCUGCAUCUGCAUCCGUCCCGUCAGCUACUGCUGCAUCCUCAGGUGGAACUCCAGUUAACAGCGUGUCAGUGGUGUCUGCAGGAGAGACCGUUCAGAGCACAGAGUCCACGCCAGGAGGAACCUCCACCAGCUCCAACCUGCCAUCUGUCCCUGCAUUAUCCCCAAUGACCCAGACCUCCACCCCCAACAUGAGUAUCUCUGAGAGGUUGGAACAUGCACUGGAGAAAGCAGCUCCUUUACUCAGAGAGAUUUUUGUGGAUUUUGCACCGUUCCUCUCUCGCACACUUCUGGGCAGUCAUGGGCAGGAGCUACUCAUCGAAGGCACCAGUCUUGUGUGUAUGAAGUCCAGCAGUUCUGUGGUUGAACUGGUCAUGCUGCUCUGCUCUCAGGAGUGGCAGAACUCCAUCCAGAAGAACGCAGGUUUGGCCUUCAUUGAGCUGGUGAACGAGGGCAGGCUGCUGAGCCACACCAUGAAGGACCAUCUGGUGCGUGUAGCUAAUGAGGCCGAGUUCAUUCUGAGCCGCCAGAGAGCAGAGGACAUCCAAAAGCAUGCCGAGUUUGAGUCUCAUUGUGCUCAAUAUUCAGCUGAGAAACGCGAUGAGGAGAAGAUGUGUGAUCACCUGAUCAGGGCCGCCAAGUACCGGGAUCAUGUGACGUCCACGCAGCUCAUCCAGAAGAUUGUAAACAUCCUCACAGACAAACAUGGUGCAUGGGGCAGCUCGGCUUUCAGCAGACCGCGGGAGUUCUGGCGCCUGGACUACUGGGAGGAUGACCUGAGGAGACGUCGGCGCUUCAUCAGGAACCCGUUUGGGUCCACACACUCUGAGGCCACGCUCAAGGCUGCAGCUGAGCAUGCUGCUGGUAUUAAAGCUCCAGAGGAGGACGUGCUGAAGGGCAAACAGUCCAUCAGGAGUUCAGUGCUGGGGAAUCAGAACUCGGAGAGUGAGCUGCUCUUGGAGGACGAUGACACCCUCUCAUCCUUGGAGGAAAAAGAGUUGGAAAAUCUUACAGGGCCUGUUAACCUGAGCACCAGCGCACAGCUGGUUGCGCCUGCUGUAGUGGUAAAAGGUACACUGUCCAUCACGGCCCUGGAGUUAUACUUUGAGGUGGAUGAAGAAGACCCAAGUUUUAAGAACAUUGAUCCCAAGAUAUUGGCCUACACAGAGGGUCUGCAUGGAAAAUGGCUGUUCACCGAGAUCAGAGCAGUUUUCUCACGCCGCUAUUUGCUACAGAACACAGCGCUGGAGGUCUUCAUGGCCAACAGGACGGCGGUCAUGUUCAACUUCCCAGAUGCUGCCACAGUGAAAAAGGUGGUGCACUGUUUGCCCAGAGUAGGAGUCGGCACCAACGUCGGCCUUCCUCAGACCAGACGGAUUUCUCUGGCCAGCCCGAAACAGCUCUACAAGGCCUCCAACAUGACACAGCGCUGGCAAAGACGAGAAAUCUCAAAUUUUGAAUACCUCAUGUUCCUUAACACCAUCUCUGGCCGUACAUUUAACGAUCUGAACCAGUAUCCUGUGUUCCCCUGGGUAAUCACCAACUACGACAGCGAAGAGCUCGACCUCACCCUGCCCAGCAACUACAGAGAUCUGUCCAAGCCUAUUGGUGCGCUGAACCCAAAGAGAGCCGCUUUCUUCUCUGAGCGCUUCGAAUCAUGGGAGGAUGAACAGGUGCCCAAAUUCCACUAUGGCACACACUAUUCCACCUCCAGCUUCACUCAGAUGUGGCUACUGAGGAUUGAGCCCUUCACAACAUUCUUCCUGAAUUUCCAAGGUGGAAAAUUUGACCACGCCGAUCGCACUUUUUCCUCAGUGUCUAGAGCCUGGAGAAACUGCCAGAGGGACACGUCUGACGUGAAGGAGUUGAUCCCUGAGUUCUAUUACCUCCCCGAGAUGUUUGUCAACUCCAAUAAUUACAACCUGGGAGUGAUGGAUGAUGGGACGGUGGUGUCAGAUGUGGAGCUGCCGCCGUGGGCCAAGAGUCCUGAGGAGUUUGUACGCAUAAACCGACUGGCUCUGGAGAGUGAGUUUGUGUCCUGUCAGUUGCAUCAGUGGAUUGAUCUGAUCUUUGGAUACAAGCAGCAGGGACCCGAGGCCAUCAGAGCUCUCAAUGUCUUCUACUACCUGACUUAUGAAGGAGCUGUUAACCUCAGCUCCAUAUCUGACCCCAUGCUCAGAGAGGCUGUGGAGUCUCAAAUCAGAAGUUUUGGACAGACACCCUGUCAGCUGCUAAUUGAGCCUCACCCGCCUCGCAGUUCUGCCAUGCAGGUGUAUCUCCUUCUGCAGACCCCACUGAUGUUCACAGAGCAGAUGCAGCAGGACGUCAUCAUGGUACUCAAGUUCCCGUCCAACUCGCCCGUCACCCAUGUGGCAGCCAACACGCAGUCAGGCCUAACCAACGCAGCGGUCAUCACAGUCACUGCCAACCGCCUCUUUGCAGUCAACAAGUGGCACGGCCUCACUGGUCAUCAAACCUCUUCUGUUCAGGACCAGCAGUACCAGUUACCGGUUGAGAUCGACCCUUUGAUAGCCAGUAAUGUGGGUGCUCACAGGAGGCAGAUCUCAGAUCUGUUAGAUCAGAGCAUCCAAGUAAACGCUCAGUGUUUUGUCAUCACAGCUGACAACCGCUUCAUCCUGCUGUGUGGCUUCUGGGACAAGAGCUUCCGCGUGUACUCCACUGAUACAGGUAAACUGACACAGAUUGUUUUUGGGCAUCUUGAUGUGGUGACCUGCCUGGCGCGCUCAGAGUCGUAUAUUGGCGGAGACUGCUACGUUCUCUCUGGCUCCAGAGACGCCACACUACUGCUCUGGUACUGGAACGGCAAGCACAGCAGCAUUGGAGAGAGCGCUGGAACAGAGUUUGUGACGCCCCGGGCGAUCUUGACGGGUCAUGAUUGUGAGGUGACGUGUGCGAGUGUGUGUGCAGAGCUGGGACUGGUCAUCAGUGGCUGCAGAGAGGGUCCCUGUUUGGUCCACUCAAUGAACGGUGACCUGUUGAGGACUCUGGAGGGUCCAGACGGCUGUAUGCGGCCACGACUUGUUCUGUCCUCCACUGAGGGUCACUGUGUCAUUUACUACGACAAGGGCCACUUCUGUGUGUUCAGCAUCAAUGGAAAGCUAUUGGGACAUAUGGAGGUGGAAGACAACAUAAAGGCGAUGCUGCUGAGUAAAGAUGGCCAGUAUCUGCUGUGUGGAGGAGAUGCAGGAGUUCUCAAUGUCUGGCAGAUUCACGACCUCAAACAGCUCUUCACUUACCCAGGCUGUGAUGCUGGAAUACGCUCUAUGGCUAUUGCACAUGACCAAAGAUGCAUCAUCACUGGCAUGGCGUCAGGGAGCAUCGUUCUGUUCUACAACGACUUCAACAGAUGGCAUCAUGAAUACCAGACCCGAUACUGACCCAGAGGAACACCCGCCACCCUUCAGAAAGGCACUACCAAUAGUCAUGAAUGUAUUCUACAUAUUUAAAGAAGCAAAACUAUUUUUCAAGAUAGCAUUGCUAUAUUUUGUAGAUCUUAUGGAAUUUCUUACUAUCUAAAUCGUAGGGGCUGGGGUUAUAUACUUAAUAUUUGGAGAAAGAAAAAGAAAUCUAUUUUUAGCUGUCAAAGUCCUAUUUUCACCAUUGCUCUAUUGAAAAAGACUGGUUUGAGUGGUCAACAGCCUUUCUUUCUUUCUUUUUAGUGUCUAUAGAUAGAUGACUUUUUGCUUUUAUUUAAAUUGGGAUGGGUGAGCUUUUUUUCUUCUCAGUUGCUGUGGGUGUUUUUUUUUUUUUUUUUUUUUUUUUUUUGACAAGGCGCCCCUAAAUGUCACAUUUCAUAUCUAUAAGUUGACUUCCUGGAGCUAACAGGAAACUGCCUCGAUUUUUGGGAGAAAUAAAUUCCUAUUACAUUAUAUCCAUAGAUUAAAUUAGGUAGCUGUCUGCAAACAUAUCAAAGCGUCCACUUUAAACAUUCACUUUAUGAAUGGAGAAGUGACCUCUUUUCUAAUGCAUUUCUCAAUUUUAUUGUCAGUGAGUUUUGCUUUGUUAAAGAUGAAUGGACCUCUUGUGUGAUCACAAAAUGAUGUCACUUUAUAAACUGAAGGGGCGAAUCAAUAUAUGAAGGGAGAGCAAUUUAGAAAAUGAUGUUAAUCAUACUCGUAAUUCAUGAGAGAGGUGAUUUGGUGUGUUUCUAUCUAUCUUUUGAUCUUUUCUGUUUGUUUAUUGUGAGCUCCAUAUCUAUCAAGUGUUCCAGAACUGAACACAUUUUCUUUUCUUUUGGGGAUAAGGGAUAAUGGAGAGAGUGAAGAGGGGAAAAUAUUCAGAUCCAUUUAAAGCUUCAUCAAACCUUUUUGAAAUUUCACCAUUGUGCAUUUACCCUUGGUGUAUGUAGACUGAAUCUGGCCAGAGCGCAAUACUAUUGCCGUACUAGCUAUCUGAAAUCAGGAAAUAAACAAGCAGACGUUAAAAUAUGAUCAUAACACAGCUAGCUCGAAGUAUAAACCCCACAAAUCACACUCAGGGCAAGCAGAGGUCUGUGAAAUUACAAAAAAAAAAAAAAAAAAAAUGAAAUCUCGGUUUGUGUUAACUAAGGUGUGACGAAUGCUGUCUGAUUCAUUUGUUUGGUUUUAAUAGUUGUCGCUAUCAUUGCUGUUAUCUCAUGUUAUUUCCCAGCUGAAUGGCAAUCAGUUUGGAAUGAGCGUUAUAUGAUGUGUGUGAUGAACUCAAACAAUAAAGUGGCAUUUUGUAACAAUACAAA